UCUGCCGCCAGACUCUACUGCUGGAGAUCUCAACACACACAUGCUAAUCGCUACCAAAACUCAGUCAGUCUGGAGUUUCUCGACGCGGAAUGACGAGACUUUUAAAAACCUGACUGGGGGUAACAGUCAGGUGUUCACAUGAACAGUAAAGCGUGUUUAUCUGUUAAGAGUUGACUUUGAAGUGGACUUUGAGUGAGUUGUUGUUGAUAUGUCGGGACUGGAGAGAGACUGAUCCCUGACCCGCUGUUAUGACAACAAACCUGCAGCGAAAAUGAAGUGCUUGAACUAUUUUAAUGACUCCUUUUUCAGGUUCUGGUCUGCUGGACCAAGCAGUUCCGCUCCAUUCUUCCCAACCUUCUAAACCACAGCAUCAACAGAGCCACGAUGCUCUGUGUUCCCAGAAACUGAGCUCCACGCGACCCAAACCAACUACCCAGAAAAGGCCCUGGAAACUUGAGAGCCAAAAACCGAAAGGCAAUUCUUUGGACAAAAUAGAUUUUCCAUUUCCCUGGCCUUCUACAUCCAUAACCGGACAGAAUACUGAAGUCGAUGGUCUGUUAUUUUGAUGACGAUUGUUGGAGAGAUACGGAUAUCUGGUAUCUUGUGGUUCCUACAGUCAUCUGAUUGUCAGUUACACUGACUGAAGUACGUUAUACCAGAAGAGAGAAUACUGGGAUAGGUUCAUGUGGCAGUCUCGUCACUGUAUGGAGUUGUAAGGGAGGAGUAGGACUCUUGUGGAACACUGGUGGAGUUCUGGCUGGUAGGAGAAUAUGGGAAAAGAGCAGGAUCUUCUGCAAGCGGUCAAGAAUGGAGAUCUAGCCACGACACAGAAACUGUUGACCAAGGUCAAAGCCAGCAGAAGCAAGUUACUGGGCUCCACCAAAAGACUGAACAUUAACUAUCAGGAUCCAGAUGGGUUUUCAGCGCUACAUCAUGCUGCUCUCACAGGCACUACAGAGUUGCUCUCUCUCCUGUUGGAGGCUCAGGCCAUCGUUGACAUCAAGGACAGUAACGGCAUGCGGCCGCUGCAUUACGCAGCAUGGCAGGGUAAAGCCGACUCAGUACUCAUGCUGCUGCGAACAGGUGCUGCUGUUAACGGCACGUCUCACGAUGGGCAGAUUCCACUGCACUUGGCUGCUCAGUAUGGACACUAUGACGUGUCUGAGAUGUUGUUACAGCACCAGUCGAACCCGUGCAUGCUGAAUAAGGCUAAGAAGACUCCUCUGGAUCUGGCCUGUGAGUUUGGCCGGGUGAAGGUGGCUCAGUUGUUGUUGAACAGUAAUAUGGUUGCGUCUCUGUUAGAGGGCGAUAGGAAAGAUGGGUCUGACUUGAACUGUAACACUCCUCUACACCUCGCCGCACGCAACGGACACAAGGAUGUCAUCAGUCUUCUUCUGAAAGCAGGUAUUGACAUCAACAGAAGCACUAAAUCUGGCACAGCUCUGCAUGAGGCCGCCCUCUAUGGGAAGACAGAGGUAGUGCGGCUGCUCCUGGACGCUGGGAUUGAUGUGAAUAUCCGUAACACUUACAAUCAAACAGCCCUGGACAUUGUCAACCAGUUUACCGCAUGCCACGCCAGCAAAGACAUCAAGCAGCUCUUACGAGAUGCUACUGGAGUUCUUCAGGUGAGAGCUCUGAAAGACUUCUGGAAUCUUCACGACCCCACAGCCCUCACCAUACGUGCUGGUGAUGUCAUCACGGUGAUAGAGCAGCACAUGGACGGACGCUGGAAAGGCCACAUCCAUGACACCCAGAAAGGAACAGACAGAGUCGGCUACUUCCCUCCCUCCAUAGUGGAGGUCAUCAGCCGACGAUCAGGGGGCACCCUAUUACGACAUGCCUCACUGCCCUCCCAAAGGCAGCAGCUGCUCUCCAGAUCCACCCUCAGCCCCAGUUUGAGUCUGAGCUGUGGUGUUGCCCCUCAAACUGAGGACUCCUUCACUCUGUACACCUCUAACCCCCACCUGGUGCUCCCCCACGCCAACGGUCUAAACACCAACCCAGGUGGGCCUCCCAGAAGUUUGUCCCAGCACAAAACCCCCAGCAUGGAGGACAUCUGGGUUUUGCGGAACUCCUGCGCUGCUGGAGACAGGAACAGUGUGGGCAGCACUGGUAGUGUGGGCAGCACCCGCAGUGCAGGCAGUGGGCAGAGCACAGAGAGCAACAGCGCCCCCAACGGAGCACACCAGCACACCGCACACCCUGACACCAGCAAGACAGCACCAUCUGCUGGGGAUUUACUACAGCCAGAUCAUAACAAACAUGUGGACACACCCACAGGUGUUCCUCACAGACCUGUGUUGCCCACACAGAGGGCUGGAGAGCCGGGCUUCUCUCAGCAGUUUGUGCGUCCUCAACAGCUACUAGAGGGCAAGGAUGCUGAGGCUAUCUAUCAGUGGUUGAGUGAGUUUCAGUUGGAGCAGUACACUGCAAACUUUUUGAACGCCGGCUAUGAUGUGCCCACCAUCAGCAGAAUGACCCCAGAGGAUCUCACAGCUAUCGGUGUGACUAAACCAGGCCAUCGUAAAAAGAUCUCCCUGGAGAUAGGAAACCUUAGCAUUCCGGAAUGGCUUCCAGAGUACAUACCACAGGAUCUCGGGGAGUGGUUGAGUGCUCUAGGGCUGCCUCAGUAUCAUAAGAAACUGGCUGAGAAUGGCUAUGACUCCAUAAACAUUGUCCGAGACCUCACGUGGGAAGACCUGCAGGAGAUUGGCAUCACCAAACUAGGCCAUCAGAAGAAGAUGAUGCUUGCAGUGAAGAAGUUGCGUGAUAUUCAUAAGGCCAUCCUGCAGGCUGAGUUAGAGCAGGGCACACUGCAUCGCAAAACCCCUGGUGCCCUGGACCUGCUCACUAUUGAGCCGCCCUCUGAGGAUGGUAACCUCCUGUCACCUCACACACCCAAGAUGCUCACUUUCCAGGAUAGUGAGUUGAGUACUGAACUACAGAGCGCGAUGUCCACCCCCUACAGUGGUUGUCACGAGGAACUGGCCAUCAAAAACUCGAAAGGUAUGUCCAUCAGUCAGGAGAGCAUUGACACGCGGUCUCUGGGGUCCGGACGCUCCCAGGAGCCUCCCAACACUCCCUCAUCCUCUUCUUCAUCCGCCACCCCUUACAGCCACUCCCGUGAGAGCUUAACAAGUGCAGACAGCAGCCCUGCUAAAGAGCGGAACAUUCCAGAAGGCCGCGACCAGGUCACGCGUCCUCAGCUACCACAGCAGCUGCCGUUCAGUGCAUCCACAGGCUUUAAAUACCCAGUGCUGCCUAUCAAACCCAAACUGGGCUCUGCACCUUCUCCGCAAGUCUCCCCUGCUCAAAAAACCCUCAAUUAUCCACGUUCGCACUGUAAUAGUGCCACGCUCAACCGCUACUCUACUAGCUUGACUAAGAAGCGCUCACAGAGUCUGACCCGCUAUGCUUUGUCAGACGGUGAGCCUGAUGAAGAAGACGAUGAAGAGGCAGCUCAGCUAGCCAGUAUUGCUAUGCCUUCUUACGCCACAUUGAGCCGCAAGCCUGCCCGUGGCCAGUUGGCACGCCUUCAGUCUGCUCAGGAGCAGUCCAUUGGCCGAAGCCAGUCUUUUGGCAUUAGAGCUCAACGUAAAGGUCCUCCCCCACCACCACCGAAACGCCUUAGCUCAGUCAGCAGCAGCACUAGUGUCGAAACUGUCUUGGACGUGCCAGUGCCACCUACUGGAAGAGUGGAGAGUGACAGCUCUGGCACUAUAAAGAGCAUUGGAGCUGUGUUAGAAACUGUUCUACCUGCCCCUAAAGUGGAUUUCCUUCAGGAGAGCACAUCAUUUGUCUCUGGUUCCAAUGAAGGGUCUAGACAGAGAGCUUUGAGUCAGAGCAAGUCCAGCCAAGCCCUGCAAGCCACUCCAGAUACUGAUAGAGCAACAAAGUCUGACUCGGAAGAGGAUGAUGGGACCAAGGAUUUGGGUCUGGAGAGCUCUUCCUCACCACAGAACAGCUCCAGCGAGUGCAUCCCCUUUGCAGAAGAAGGCAACCUCACCAUCAAACAAAGACCUAAAGUUGGCGGCCCUCUCAAGGCUGAGAGCACUUUGGAGUCUCCGGACAAAGUCAAAUCAGCCAAAGCCCCUGAAGUUCCAGAGUUCAACCUAAAAGAGUCAGACACUGUAAAAAGAAGGCAGAAGCCAAAAGACAAGGAGCUGUCAAACACGGCAUCCGACAGUAAUGCGGACAACCCAACAAUUACUGAGCAAAUUCAGACUCAGGACACAGUGAAACUCCGUAUCAGUGAAUCAGAGAUGAGUCUUCCAUGUGUUGAGCCUUUAGCAAAACCAGUGAAAGCACCGCCACCUCUUGCCCCCAAACCUCCCAGUCCCCUGAAUCCAACACGGCAUGCCUUGAAAUCCCAUCCUGUAACUACAAACACAGCAGUUGGCUCUGGCCUGACUCUGAAUGUUGUUCAGAGUGUGGCCUUUGUGGCUCCUCAAUCUCCUGUCCAAUACUCCCCAUCACCAGAGAGAACCUCCAGAGCAGCAAAGACUCAUUUUGAUGGAGGUCAGGGGUCGAUUAUGGUGCAGCAGAGGCUGGAGAAGACCAGUUCAUCUCUAGAGGAGGCACUGAAAGCUGUGGAGAGAAAACUAACUCUGGAGAACCACACUGAGGGUGUUUCUCACGUGGCAAACUCUGCAGGGAACAUUCUGGAUGACAUUGGGAACAUGUUUGAUGAUCUGGCCGAUCAGCUGGAUGCUAUGCUGGAUUGAUCGUCCUCUCUCUUGCAUUGAGCUGUGGAUUAUUCAUUCAUAUCAUGGACCAGAUCCAGAGCGAAACAUUUUCUUCUGCCUUUAUAACAAAUGGAGACCAGAGGAGAACUCUUGAACUCGCAAAGAACCUCCAUUGACCUCCAUUUUUGAGGACCACACAGACAUUUGUGAAAGUCCAUAAUCUUCUGACUAAUCUCAGUCUAGGUUUCAUCUGUACUUGUUAUUCUUAUUCCACUGUAUAAUCAACCAAUACACAGUACUGUGCAAAAGUUUUUGGCACAUAAGAUGUUUCACUAAAGCAUUUGUCUUAAGAUGGUUAUUUAUAUCUUCAUCUUUAGUGUUUCAAUAGGAAAUAUACAUGUUAGACUCCCAAACAUUACUUUUGCCAAUAGAAAAGAUUAGAUUAGAAGAACAGGGAGCCCUCUAACAGAUGUCAUGUUCCCCACAGAACCCCCCACUGAACAUCAGGUCAGUCUGAGAUUACAUGAAGAGACAGAAGCAAUCGAGACAGACUAAAUAGAUGAAGAACUGUGGAGAAUUCUCCAAGAAGCUUGAAACAUCCUAUCUGCCAACAACCAAGUACAACUGUAUCCAGGUGUAUCUAGGAGAAUUGGGGCUGUUUUGAAGGCAAAGGUGGUCCCACCGAAUAUUGAUUGCGCUUUUUUAUGUUUACUGGACUUUGUAUGAUGUUAAUUGAUAAAUGAAAACUAUUUAUGCCAUUAUUUUUUUAAGAAAUCCUCACUUUGAAUGUUUUUCACAAGUGCCUAAAACUUUUGCCCAGUACUGUAUAUAUUUGUUUAUGCAUUUCGUUCUGUCCUGUCAUUAUUUGUCUUUCUGGGGCUGAACUGUGGACUUUACUGAGCAUGACCCAAUGAACUUUACAUAAUGACCACAAAUGUUGCCAGUGGUCCCAGAUGAAAGUGAUGCACUUAGGGUAGUCAUUCCUAAAGCAAUAUACAUUUCAAAACACUACACCAUUUCAAACAUGAAAUCUUUGGAAAGAAUAAAAGAAUAGUUCGACAGAAAAAAAUACCAGCAUAUUGGUUUGGAAAGACAUGAGGGUGAGUGAACUAUUUCUUUAACAUAUCUGUACAUUUCAAAGCAUUUUAGCUCUAAAAACAAUUGUACUUUAUUUUAUAUGUAGUACAAGAAGCUUUUUUCCAUUUCAGGUGGUAAAUAGCCUUCAGGUUUAGAACUACAUUCAUAGUAGAUAUUUUCCUCCUGAAGAAAUUGCAAAUGAUCAGGGUAUGAAACAUGACUGGCAUUUAUUUUUGUAUUAUGCUCUAGUCACAUAAAGUCGUUUUCAUUCAAAGAUGGUGUAUUCUCUUUAAAACAAAACGACUUUAUGUGACUAGAGCAGCGUCAAUGUACAGCAAGCAAUUCAGGUUAAAGUUGAUCGUAAACACUAUGAACGUCUUUAAACUUAUUUUAGUCAAAAUAGUAUUUAAACUUUAUCAAAAAAUGUACACUUAAGGUAUAUUUGAUUGGGAAGCAAACCUAUUUGUUGCACCAAAGUAUAUAUAUAUAUAUUAUUAUUAUUAUUAUUUUUUUUUUCUAUUCAAUUGUUGGUAUAUCUGUAUUUCUAACAGAAUGAUCUUGCCGCUAAUCUAAUGUAAGUUACCCCAGUGACAUUUCCCCUUUGCACAUCAAGUGAUAUAUAUGUAUAAUUAUUGUCAUUUGUUGUUUUCACAUUAGGGUUGUUUUGACAUUUCUUAAGUUUUAGGACAUCCAGUAACUUACAGUACGUUACCGCUAUAAACGUAAAGUGAUAUUCUUAAGAUCAUACUGCAAGUUUGCAUUCGUAUGGUUAUUCAGUACGUCUAUCACACACAGAGCCGGUACCUCUGCUUUAGUAAUGAAAUUCAAAUUGCUCAUUGUUCUCUGACUAGAUCCUUACAAGAUCGUGUCUCUUGUUAGUAAGAACAAAUGGAAUUGGUUUCUAUGUUGUAUUUCUCUGCAUUUUCUUUCCUUUUUUAAUAAUUUGUUCAUGUUUUCCAUUAAAUGAAUUAAACUAUAUUGUCAUUAUUUUUUGUUGUUGUUCUGCCCAUUUCCUUGACAUUUCAGCAUUUAAAAAAGAGAGACCUCUAUGCUUGGUUAGCCUAGCAGCCAGUGCAACUGAUCACAAUGUAUAGUCAGGACAUUAAUAACAUGAAAAAUGUAUAUUACAUUUUGAACUACUUCAGCGAUUUCUCAUCAAUAAAUCCUCCACGUGCAGCA